AUGUCUAGACGUUACGAUUCCCGGACGACCAUCUUCUCGCCUGAAGGCCGUCUGUAUCAAGUCGAGUACGCUCUGGAAGCCAUCUCUCACGCCGGAACUGCGAUCGGCAUCCUUGCACAAGAUGGCAUCGUCCUUGCUGCCGAGCGAAAGGUGACGUCGAAGCUGCUGGAGCAAGACACGUCGGCUGAGAAGUUGUACACGGUGAACGACAACAUGAUCUGCGCCGUGGCAGGCAUGACGGCUGACGCCAAUAUCCUGAUUAACUACGCACGCCAGGCUGCUCAACGCUACCUCCUCACAUACAACGAAGAUAUCCCGUGUGAACAGCUGGUCCGAAGGCUGUGCGAUCUUAAGCAAGGCUAUACACAACAUGGUGGUCUCCGACCGUUCGGCGUCUCCUUCAUUUACGCCGGCUGGGAUCCCAAGCGACAGUUCCAGCUGUACCAGAGCAACCCUUCAGGCAACUAUGGCGGAUGGAAGGCGACCGCUGUUGGUGCCAACCGUGCGAGUGCGGAGAGCUUGCUGAAGCAAGACUACAAGGAGGAUUGUAAGCUCACGGAUGCGUGUGGUCUGGCCGUGAAGGUUCUUAGCAAGACCAUGGAUUCCACCAAGCUGAGCGCCGAGAAACUCGAAUUUGCCACGGUUGGUCAGACGAGCGACGGAAAGAUCUACCACCGUCUCUGGAGUGCCGAGGAGAUCAAGCAGCUUCUGAAGGAGCAUGACCUGGCGAAGGACGAGAGCGCGGAGGACAAAUGA